UCUCCACAAAUCGGACGGCUCUACUCAUUCAGAUCAGUCGUCGCAUGGCUGGCUGAUUGUAGCUCCGCGCGCAUCUAUCGAAGCUUGCGCCCCGGCAGUUCUGCCGUUAGUCGACUGGCCCACUGGUUGUUGCCCUACUUCCCAGUCCCGCGCCUCGCUACCGUCUUGCCCACUCUCUCUCUCUGCCAUUCACCAUCGCGUGAUCCUGCUCGCGCCACGUGAACUUGUGUCCAGUUUUUCAGGAACGCGGAGAUCCUGUCGAUUCGAUCAGAAGACACUUAAGAUUGACUGUUAUCUACGUGUACGCGCUGAAAUUCCGAUUUAAAAACCCGAGUAUAUCUCAGUCUCGGGAUUAAGAGUAAAUAAGGUUCGUAAUCGGUUCCAGGGGUAAGGAUCUCUUCCGCUACGAGCCGCUAUCUGGAGGCGACACUCGAAGAGCAGGAAGGAGCAGGAAGCAGCGAACUGACAGCAGCGAGUUGAGAAGUCGAUCCCUUUCCCCAGCGAGUCGAUCUGUUGAACGGGAAGGCGCGGCGCUGGAGUUGUGCCGUAGGGAGAAAUCCAGAAACUUCCCGGAGAGGAUUGGGAGGAGUCGUCUCCCACUUGGCCCAGGCGAUUCGUGUGGUACAGGACAGCUGAGCGUUUGGGGCGACACGUACUUAUCAGGCGCAUUCGGUGACAACAACAGCUAGCCGCUAGCCGCUAGCACGAUGGUGCGCGAGACGGAGUACUACGACCUGCUGGGGGUGGCUCCCACAGCGAGCGCGAGCGAGAUCAAGAAAGCCUACUACAACCAGGCGCGCAAGGUGCACCCAGACAAGAACCCCAACGACCCCGAUGCGGCGGCCAAGUUCCAGGCGCUGGGCGAGGCGUACCAGGUGCUCAGCGACGAGAUGCAGCGCCAGCGCUACGACGCCGCUGGCAAGUCAGGGAUCUCUAGGGAGGCGAUGGUGGAUCCAGCGGCGCUCUUUGGCAUGCUGUUUGGCAGCGAGGCGUUCGAGGACUACGUGGGGCAGCUCGCCAUGGCCACUCUCGCGUCCAUAGCCGUGGACUCCGUCACCAACGCCACCCCCACCGGCCCCUCCAUCGCCAAGGACGCUGCCUCCAGCGCUGGCGCCUCGCCGGGGGACCCGGGGGACUCUGUGGACGCCAUGGCGAUACAGGCCAAGCUCACGGCGGCGCAGGAGGAGCGAGUGCAGGAGCUGGGGGUGAAGCUGAAGAGCCGCCUGGAUGUGUACGCAUCGCCCUCGCCCAACCAGGGCCUGGACGGCGGCAGACACGCCUUCAUGCGCUGGGCGCACCAGGAGGCGGAGGAGCUCAGCCACGCUGCUUUCGGAGAGCACAUGUUGGAGAGCAUCGGGUAUGUGUACGAGCGCAGUGCGGCCAAGGAGCAGGGCAAGAGCAUCAUGUACCUGGGCGUGCCGUAUGUGGGCGAGUGGUUCAGAGAGAGGGGCCGCCGCAUCCAAACACAGUGGUCCGCCGCCAUGGGCGUGGUGAGCUUGUUCCAGAUGCAGAUGGACAUGCGGCGCCACGUGGAGGAGAGCGACAUGGACGAGGCGGCGCUGGCGUCGUUCCUGGAGAGCAAGCAGCAGUCGCUGCUGGAGUCGCUGUGGCGCCUCAACGUGCUCGACAUUGAGGCCACGCUGUCCAUCGUCUGCCACCAG